ACUGCUAUGCUCCCACUUUCAAUUUGUCAUUCAAUUUAUAGAUGGGAGAUUUUAUAAAACGUUUUUCAAAUGUUUCGGUUGCCUGAAGUCGUACAAUAGGGACUUGUUUUGAUUAAAAGCUAGUGGAAUAAUGGGAUGCUGUUAUAGUUUAUUCUGUAAAGACGAUAGUUCCUCGCAGCAAGGCGACCCACACGAAAGGACUCAUUUAUUAGUAGAUCCCGUUUCUAACAACACCAACCUUCAAAGGGUGAACAGUGAGGAUGUUAUUAGCGGCAACAGUAACGCCCUACCGAAGAAGACUGACGAACAAUCGGCUUUAAACAGGAUACUGCAGGAGGCGGCCACGAACGUGAUAGACGUAGCGGCCAUCGACUCGCAUAACUUGCAGCAACACGAGUACCUGGAGAGGAUUAAAAUGUACAAGGUCAGGGUGCAGCAGGUCCUGUCGGGAAACAGGACGAAGUUUACUAACAAACCGAAAAUCGCCGUUCUGCAAGACAUCGCGAACCCUGAACUAGUGCUAUCGGCGGAUUUGUUGGGGCUGGACGAUAUAACUUUGAUCACUUCUUCGGUUGUAGCCGCCGCGACGACUAUUAGUGACAUAAAAGUGGACCAUAAAGAAGAUUUAGUUGUUCCAUUCGGACUUGGGCUCAACUGUUGAUAUUUAACCUUGUAUAUACAUACUUUUGUUGAUUUACUGUCUCCGAGAGAUCUAUUAUGUUCGAUAUCCGUGUUAACUGUAUUUGUGAAGAAUAUUUCGAGGUGUUGUUAACGUUCGUGCGGGAAAAGAUUUUCGUAAUGAUAUACUCUUUAAUUAAGAUUCUAUUAUCUUUAGGCUCUAAAGAUUGUAAAAAGUUUUUUAAUACGCGUUAUUAGCACUUACGAUGUGUAAAUAAAAUAUAGUAAAAGUAAAUCCUACGACGUUCAGGGCGUUCAAAAUAAAUGUUCCCAUCCCUUUAACUCAGAAACUCUGAACGAUAGAAAAAAAGUUACUAAAAAAGAUU